AUGCUCCCAAAGUCAUCGGCUGAUUACACGAAAUAUUAUGUUAAACUCAUCGCAGCCAUCUUAUCGGUCACCGUCCGAUUUUUCGAUUCCGCUCAAGCCAACGACACCAAAAAGUACACGGAAUGGUCCAAACACCAAACCACGAUCCAAUUUCACACAGAUGUCCAAAAAGAAAUGUGCAGUCCGUCCCUUCCGAAACCGAAGUCCGACAAGGAUCCUGCUGUCACCCAGCUCCGCCUUGCACUGAGCGCAGUUCAGGCCAAUGCCUUCUUCAAAGUUUCAGGCCUGAAGAUACUGUUAGCAUUCAACGAAGCCAGUGCUAUGCUUGAAACACCAAAAGAUCAGGAAAUCCCGCUAUUUCGCUUUGUUCGCCAUGCCAUGAGAGAAAUCCUUGAUUCAUCUGGCGUCUUUGUCGUCCUAGUCGACACGACUUCUCGCGUGGCGAAUUUCUUACCUACAGGCCGAGAGGACCGCAGCUCACGAGCGCUCGGCCCUCGUGGAAAGCCACCUAUCAAGCUGUUUGCCCCGAUCUAUGAGAUACGCACGUUUGAUCGAAAGGUCACUCGCUCACCGCAAAAUUGGGACGAGUUAUUCUUGUCGGACCGACUAUGCGAAUAUGCUAUACCCCAACUGGCUAGUUUUGCUUUGCGGAAACUUCUGUGUUGCGAAAAGAUUGACGACUCCCUCAACCUAACUGACGCUCGAGCACUUGCAUUGCUUGGCUCAACUAUCGGAGUCCCCCUUCAUGGCCAUGCGCAUCAUAAUGUGGAUCUUACUGCAUCACACGCCGCGCAUUGCGGCUACCUUGAUCCAACCCGUGAAUGCCAACGUAGUUUUUAUCCGUCUCAGCCAAUCUAUGCGCUAACUGCCAACGAUUAUCUGCAGAAGAACGAGGAUAAGCUCAUAUGUUGUAUCAUGCAUCUAGCCUCUGUUCUCUCUCAAGGCUGCAUCGAGAAAGGAGAAGUUGGCGAACUCGCGAGCAGAAUCAUUCUGCUAUGCGCCAUGAAUAAAACUGCCGCUGAGGUGAAGAUUGAGGAAAGGAGAGCGGCCGAUCUGUUGAAUAACUCAAACCAAUCGAAUACUAUGCCGCCCGUGAUCAAUACAGCGUUUCCGAGUCCUGUUCCAGCGAGCAAAUUCUUGGAAACUCUUACCGGGCUGCCAGCAAAUGAGCUACCCUUAGGCAAAAUCAAAGAUGGUCACAAGGAGAAACUGCUUAAAGGGAUGAUGUUCUGGAAUCACUUCUUGCAUUGCUCGUCUACACCAUCUUUGGGAUCAUUGAUGGAAGGCCUGGAAAGAGGGUUGGCUAUACAAUGCCAUCACCAGCAACGGGGAUUCGACCAACUUCUACCGAUCUACUUAAAAAACCAAGUUGAGCUGAACCAAGCAAACCUGACAUUCUGUGGAAUCCAAGUUAAGAACCGAGAAAAGGACGACAGCUUGGCAGUUACUCAGAAGAAAAUGACCCCUCAAAAUGCUAAGAUCAAGACAAACACCUCCAACCCUUACCUUGGGCUUCACUUCAGUUUGCGAAGCAAGCCGCCGCACGGAGAGGUUAACAAUACCAGGAACCCUGAAAACUAUCGGCUCCGUCCUUCCGGACCGGCACGUGCUCCUCUGCAGGUAUCCUUAGUCUUCCAUGGAUUGCAGGCUUUUGAUUUCCUCAGUCCCGAAUUGAAGGCCGCUUUGGCAAAACUAAUCGAUACUCGCACCGAUCUCAUAUCUUGCCAUGGCGCCGAUUCACAUGGCGGAAAUUUUGCCAAGGACUUUUUGUUGUGCGAUGAACAAAGUUGCCCGCCGAUUUGA